CGCCCGCCCCACCGGAGCCAGCGCGGAGCGGCGGAGCGGAGCCGGGUCCCACGCUCUCCCCGCCAUGUAGCCCCCGCCGGCGGCUCCCCAGCAUGGCGCCGGGGCCCUUCGCGGAGGACGCGGUCCUCGCCCUCCACUACAACUACACCGGGAAGCUGCACGCCGGGCGCUACCGGGGGGGCCUUCGCCCCGAGACCCUCCUCUUCCUCCUGGUGUGCGGCUUCAUCGUGGUGGAGAACCUGGUGGUGCUGGUGACCAUCUGGAGGACCAAGAAGCUCCACUCGCCCAUGUUCUACCUGCUGGGCAACCUCACCCUCUCCGACCUGUUGGCCGGCGUCGCCUACACCGCCAACAUCGUCCUCUCCGGCGCCAACACCUUCCGGCUGACGCCGGCGCUGUGGUUCCUGCGGGAGGGCGGCGUCUUCCUCACCUUGGCCGCCUCGGUGCUGAGCCUGCUGGCCAUCGCGGUGGAGCGGCACCUCACCAUGGCGAGGGUGCGGGUGGCGCGGGGGGACAAGCGGGGUCGGAUGUGGUCGCUGGUGGCGGCCAGCUGGGGGGUCUCGGCGGCGCUGGCGGCGUUGCCGGGCCUGGGGUGGAACUGCCUGGGCGACCUGCCGGCGUGCUCCACCGUCCUCCCGCUCUACUCCAAGCGCUACGUCUUCUUCUGCGUCGCCGUCUUCCUCGCCAUCCUCCUCGCCAUCGUCGUCCUCUACGCCCGCCUCUACCGCGCCGUCCGGCGCUCGGCCAGCCUCCGCCCGUCGCCCAAAUCGCCGGCGCUGCUCAAGACGGUGACGGUGGUGGUGGGGACCUUCAUCGCCUGCUGGUCGCCCCUCUUCCUCCUCCUGCUGCUGGACGCCUGGUGCUGCCCGCGGGCGUGCGCGGUGCUCUACCACGCCGACUACUUCUUGGGGUUGGCCAUGGCCAACUCUUUGCUCAACCCCCUCAUCUACACCGGCACCAGCCGGGAGAUGUGCCGCGCCGUCCUGCGCCUGCUGCGGGGCGGGGGGUGCCGCCGCCGCCGCGGGGGGGGGACGGACGCGCGCGCCGGCCGCGGCGGCGGCACUUUCCCCAGGACGUACUGA